AUGGGCUGGGGCACGUCUGGGUUUGACAUGGUUCCUCGCCUCUCCUCCGAGGCUGAGGAUCAACAGACGUGGGAUGACUUCAUCGAACGCGUCAUGGACGUUUACGAAGGUGACUGUGAAGUCGAGUUCAAGGACAACUACAUCAAAUUUGAAGCCGGGGAACAGCUCCUCCUUCCCCUCGAAGGCCACAAGUUUCUGAGCUUCCGUUCUACACCGAAUGACAAUUGGUACAGGGUGGAAGCAUUCAUCGACGUAUUGCGUGUCAUUGUCUGCGAAUUCUUUGAUUUUCGUGUUCGGGCGUGGCGAGAAGAACAGAAUGAAUUCGGUUACUAUUCUGAGAAUGAAGUUAAAGAAUCCUUAGGGCUCUAUGAACAGCCUGAUCCCCCGAAAUCCACCGUUGAGCCCCUUUUCGAAGUCAGGGAUAUCCCUGGAAAAGGCAGAGGCCUCAUCGCCAAAGUUGAUAUUCCUGCUGGAACCCGCAUUCUUUGCGAAAAGCCACUUCUCCAGGCUAGCACCAAGAUGCCAGGCGAUUUGGAGGCAACUGCAGCGCCGAGGCUGAAGGCCUUGUCCAAGUCAGAGCAGCGGCAGUUUCUAUCCCUUCACAACAACUUUCCCGGCAAAGACCCUUUCAGCGGAAUCAUCAGAACAAAUGCCCUUCCAUGUGGGCCAGGCUCGAUUGUGGGCGGUGUCUAUCCCACGAUAUGCCUCAUCAAUCACAGUUGUUUGCCGAACUCACACCAGAACUGGAACAACGAGGCAGGUCACGAAACCAUCCAUGCCAUUCGACAAAUCAAGGCAGGAGAGGAGAUUACCAUCUCUUAUGUCGAAGGAGGCCCAUCUAAUGAGAGAAGGCCUAUGCUCAAAAAGUCUUUCGGUUUCGACUGCGCAUGCUAUCUGUGCUCUUUGCCUCCAUCCCAACUCCAAGCUAGCGAUUAUCGUCGAGAGCGAAUCCAACACCUUGGUUUUGGCAUUAAAAACAUCUUUACUAUGAUUCACCGUCCAGAAGCCAACCUCAACGCCUGCUUGUCACAACUACAUACUCUGCAAGAUGAAUACGGUGUCUGUAUUGCACCGCACAGCGCCCGGCUCUAUGACGAAGCCUUUCGGAUUUGUAUUGAGCACGGAGCUGUCGGCGGGCCUACUACAUUCGCUGAGGAAUCAUAUAAAGCCAGGGUGAUUUGUGAAGGGGAAGACAGUCCUGAGACGUUAAGAAUGAAGGAGCUUGCAAUGCAGCCUGAAACACAUGAUAGCUUCGGCGCUUCGUCCUUGAGAUGGAAGUCUAAUUCGGACCCUGCUUUCAGUUAUGGUCACUAUGGCACGGAGGAGGCAGAGAAGAGACUAUUUAGGCAAGAAUGA